CCACAGCUUUCGCUACUCCCAUCAUAGCUUCCAGACUCAAACAUCAGAGUAAAUUCUUACCAACAGUCUUCUCCUCCAAUAUGAAGUUGGCAGCAUCAAUUCUUCUCCUUGGCUCAACGCUGAUCUCCAGCGCCAUUGCGGCAACUGCUGGGUGUGGUAAAGCACCUACGACUCUGAAGAACGGAUUGAACACGGUCAACAUCAAUGGCAAGAACCGACAGUACACUCUCACUCUUCCCAGCAACUACGACAACACAAAACCCCACCGAUUUGUAUUUGGUCUUCACUGGCGCGAUGGCACAAUGAACAGCAUCCUCGAUGGUCGUGAGAUCAGACCCUACUACGGCCUUCCCAGCCUCGUCAACUCACCCACCAUCUUUGUAGCUCCCGACGGGCUCAACCGUGGCUGGGCCAACAAUGGCGGCGAGGACAUCACGUUUCUAUCCAACAUCAUCAAAACAACUAGCGACCAGCUCUGUAUCGACGAGAAGCUGAGGUUCUCCAUGGGCUGGAGCUUCGGCGGCGCCAUGUCGUACUCGCUGGCAUGUUCGCUUCCCAACGAUAUCCGUGCCGUGGCCGUGCUUUCUGGAGGCCCUGUAUCGGGCUGUGCAGGUGGAACCGGCCCCGUUGCGUACUACGGCCAGCACGGCGUGAGUGAUUCGGUUUUGGGGAUCAAUCUGGGCAGGCAAUUGAGAGACACGUUUGUGAGGAACAACCAGUGCCAACAGCAGAACCCACCCGAGCCCAACCGUGGAAGUCGUCAGAACAUCUUGACAAAAUACAAUGGGUGUGCUGCUGACAAGCCGGUUUGGUGGAGAGCUUUUGAUGGAGAUCAUACGCCUAUCCCUAUCAAUGGAGGUACUAACAAGGAUUCGACGUUUACUGGACCGGGUGUUUGGGAGUUUUUCUCUCAGUUUGGUUAAGGCUUGAGAUGUGGGAAGGAUAUGAGUGAAUAUAGAGGUAUAUAUCUAUGAUCUAUAUUCAACAAUUGGUAUCCCAGUUCUCCAUUAUAACUAAUUGCACCUUAUUUGCUGGCAUAAUUGCACUGAACAUUGUUGCAACCAUAUCUAGACUGCCGUGCACGGGGACUCGCUCCUUCAGUUUCUGACCCAUAAAAGAUUGUGUUAAUCCCCGAAGAUCUCAACGUGGCUAUAAGUCUUUC